AAAUUUAUCACUAGCGAUUUUCGGAUAAUUCUCGAUUUCCAAAUUAUAGUUGAUACUUUCAAUUUACAUAUACUUGCAGUAAAAUGGUCAUGACCGACAUCCCUAUUUUACUUCCACGCGCCUUAUGAGAUUGUCCCACUUACUAUACAUCUAUAUCUAGGUGUACCUAUUGUACCUAUACCUUAGGUACCUUAUUCAUCCCAACUACACACACACACACACACACGCACGCACACACACGCACACAUCAUACCACAUCCGGCCAUGGCGAUCGAUUACAGCCCCCGGAGCGUCGCCGACGCCACGCGAUUUACCUCCAAUACCCCCCAUGCGAAUGCGAAGCCCACCAACCCACCCUCUUCCGCCACAUCCUCCGCAUCGCGACCCCCCCAGCAGAGCCGGAUGCCGCCCCCGGGCAUGCCCCGACCGUCCGCGCCCGAGACCGUUACGGAGAGGGUGCGCCGUCUGCGGGCCGCCCAUCUCGCUGCGAAGAAGCAUGAGAUAUCGCGCUUUGACAACAUCGUUAGCUCUUCGAGGAGAUACUUUGAUGCUGCGCACAAAUUUACUGUCAUGGGCUUGAUCGGAUUCAGCGGUCUCGCCCUCUUCGUCACCAUAUACGCCACAGCCGACAUGAUGAUCUACAACCGCAAGCGCCGGAACGAGUUCUUCGCCAUACAGAAGCAGCUCAAGGCCGACAGUCUGGCGUCCGCGCGCCUGGCCUACAUGACCGGCACCGCAUCCGAGGACCAGAUCACCAUGGUGGAGGAAGCCGAGGCAAAAGCGCGAGAGUCGGGCAUCGGCCUGCCGCCCUUGCUCUCCACCCCUAAACAUAUGGCGACUGCCGCAGGUACAGAGGCGACGGCGCAGCCGGUGGACACCGUCGGGAAAACGGUCUGGCCCGGCGAGGCCCUAGUCGAGAGCAGCAUGUCCGGAGCCAAGGAGGUAGAGCAGCCACAGAAAAAGGGCGUGGCGGCAUGGCUGUUUGGGGGGUUGAAGAAGGAGGAAGUAGCACCCGAGGAGUCCGCAGACGUCCUCGAAGACGCCGCGACGGCAGCGGGGUCCAGUUCGCUUUCGCGGUCAAGUAUUGCCAGAGUGGCUGAUGAGUCGCAGCAGGCGCUCAAGGGCAAGGCGAAGGCAGCUUUCGAGCAGGAGCGGGAGAACCAAAGGAAUGGGGGUCCUCUGGACCGGGUCGGGUUAGACGAGAAGCCUACUAGUGGCGAGAGCAAGAAAUCGGGCUGGUGGUAAGGUUGAAGGCAGGUAGGUAGUAGGUAGGUAAUGAGUGAUGAAGCUACGACGAAGCUCCUCUUGACUUGAAAGAUAGGGGUCAAGGAAUGGGAGAUUGGAGAGGGCGACUCGCUGCCUCAACAGGCUAACCAGUUGACCUCAGCACACACAUCAAACACACGUACUUAUAUUCAGGGGUCAGUCAUAACCAAGUUCAACACUGAUAUCUAUGAACUUGGGAAUGGCAUACUUGUAGACAGAAAGAUUGCUGCUGUAUUAUAGCCAUGGUGGGAAGGUCGGAGCAUUCAACUGACGUAUGAGGCCACCAGCUACGUCGUCACCCAACUUAGGUACCCAAAAAAAGAAAAGUUCAUGUGCCCAGAGGGAUAAGAAUUUUCUUCCGUUUCUUUCUUCUGACUAUUCCAUCUCUGUUUGACCCUAUAAUAAAGUGCUAGUAUUAUAGUGUAACGCUCCAGUACGCGGAAACGCCCUCGAUUAGAGAUUAGGUUAUC